CAAAAUGGGUGAAUUACAAAAUUUCUGCUAAUGUUAUCCGUUUAACAAGGGAACGUUUUUUGGUAAAAUAAACUCAAGGCUUGUGUUUACAAAGAAUCAAAAUCACAAGUGGAGAACAUAGAUCUAACCUUACAAGACAUUUCAAAAACACUACUAGGAAAAAAGAGAAAAAAAUUUGUAUAGUUUUAUAGGAAUAAAUAUGGAAGGAACCUGUGAUAACGUUAACCGUGGCCAGAACCAAAAGAAAAGAUUUGCAAUUCUUGGUAUAUCUUCCAUUCUUCUUGUUGCAGUGAUUGGCACGGUCGGGGUCAGUUUAAAGCGCAGCGGCUCUGCAGAAGAGAAUGGAAAAAUCUUUACCACACAAAGAGACAUUAAUAUGCUUUGCAUUUCAGAUCCAGAUAAAUGCAACACGAAUCUCGGACGAGCAUUUGGCAAAGUAAUAAACAUGAAAGAUCGGAUGAAAGGUAUGUUCGAUGAAGAGAGAGGAGAGUUAAUGAAAAACAUAAACAAUUCAGCUCUUUUUAAUGAGUUGGUAAAAGACAACUUGACGAGACAAGCUAUGCGAAUUUGCAAUGAAGUGUUGGGCAAGGCUGCUGAUAGGCUUACCAAAUCUGAUGGUAUAUUGGACAGAUUUGAUUUCAAUAGGUUAGGUGAAUUUGUUUUCGAUCUGCAAGUUUGGAUAACUGCGACGCUUUCGGAUCAACAAACAUGUUUGGAUAGUUUUGAGAAAGCAGACACAAAAGCUAGUCAGAGAAUGGCUCAGGUUUUGAGCACUUCUAUAAGUCUAACUAAUAAGGCUAUUGACAUGAUGAAUUCUGUUUCUGGAAUACUUAAGGAUUUCGGACAAGGUCCGAAUAAUGCUAAUAGGAGGCUUUUAUCUGAUGAAUCGGAAAAACUUGUCGAUGGUUUUCCAACUUGGGUUAGCGAGGGACAGAGACGUCUGCUCGCUGGUCCAAGUGUUAAGCCAGAUGCUGUUGUGGCGCAAGAUGGUAGUGGACAGUUUAAAACCGUCGCCGAAGCUAUUAAGACGGUUCCGGCGAAUAAUGCAAAACCUUUUGUAAUUUAUGUUAAGGCUGGUGUUUAUAAAGAGGUUGUUAAUAUUCCUCCGAAGAUGGAUUAUGUUACCAUCAUGGGUGAUGGUCCUACAAAGACGAAAUUCACAGGUAGCCUCAACUUUGUCGAUGGCGUCCUAACUUACGACAGCGCAACCGUCGCUGUAAAUGGCGCAAACUUCGUGGGGAAGGAUAUAGGCAUUGAAAAUACAGCAGGACCAGAGAAACACCAAGCAGUAGCACUCAGAGUUUCAGGAGACAUGGCAGUAUUCCACAACUGUCAAAUAGAUGGUAACCAAGACACUCUCUUCUGCACAAACUUGCGCCAGUUCUUCCGCGAUUGUAGCAUCUCUGGUACAAUCGACUUCAUCUUCGGCGACCCUUUUGCAGUUUUCCAAAACUGCAAAAUUAUAGUUAGAAAACCAUUAAAAGGCCAAGUCAAUUUAGCAACAGCUGGUGGAAGACUCACCGAGUCCAGCAAAACUGCGCUUGUUUUCCAAAGUUGUCACUUCUCAGGCGAACCUGGAUUAGCAUCGAUUUCACCCAAAGUAUCUUUCCUAGGAAGGCCAUGGAAACCAUUCUCCAGAGUUGUGAUCUUGGAUUCAAUCAUAGAUGACAUCUUUCUCCCUGAAGGCUACCAACCAUGGGAGGGAGACGCAUUUACCGACACAUGUACUUAUUUUGAGUAUAAUAACAAAGGUCCUGGUGCUGACACGAAAGCGAGAGUUAAAUGGCCUAAUGUUAAGACUAUUACUGCUGCUGAGGCUGCUGCUUUUUACCCUGGUAAAUUCUUUGAGGCUGCUGGUUCAGGUAAUACUUGGAUGACAAAUUCUGGGACACCUUGUUCACUUGGACCUAUGAACGGCGGUCCCGCUGCUGAAGCCACGCCUUCUCCAGCUUCUGCAGCUUCUGCGCCUUCUACGUCUGCCACGCCUUCUGCAGCUCCUGCGCCUUCCGAGUCUUCUACCAAAGCUUCUGCGCCUUCUACGUCUGCCACGCCUUCUGCAGCUCCUGCGCCUUCCGAGUCUUCUACCAAAGCUUCUGUGCCUUCUACGUCUGCCACGCCUUCUGUAGCUCCUGCGCCUUCCGAGUCUUCUACCAAAGCUUCUGCGCCUUCUAAGUCUUCCAAGCCUUCUGCAGCUCCUGCGCCUUCUACGUCUUCCACGCCUGCUGCAGAUUCUGCGCCUUCUGAAUCUUCCACGCCUGCUGCAGAUUCUGCGCCUUCUGAAUCUUCUACCGGAGCUUCUGCUCCUGAGUGAUCUUAAGUCUCUUUAAAGUUAAGUUAAAGCCAGAGCAUAUCCAUGGGAUUUUUCCUCUUACAAGAUAGAUUAAAAGUAUAGCAAUAAAGUAUAAUAAUAGAGAUGCAGGAAAUAAUUUGUGAAUAUAUUGUUACGAUUCUUACACUUUAGAUGUUUGUUACCUCAAUAGUAAUAGCUUAUAAACUUACUGAACUUAAAAAAACAUCUCAGAUUCAAUUUCUU